AGAUGGCACACAUUUUUCAAUCAAAAUAGUUUAAUCGGAAUGACAAAAAACUUCCAUGUAAAUGUGGCUAUUGCCAAUCAUUUGUUUGCUCAGUUAAACAUUUUUUCAUAAUACUUGCAUAUAUAUCCACCACUGCUAAACCGUAAUGCCUCGUCCCAGCGAGAAAUUCAUUAAAACAAGUAAACCAAAACAAAGCCAGACAACCCUUAAAGCAGACUAACAACACACCCUUGAUAGUAGAUUUGAUUUGACAUGAGUAUGACAAUAGAGUAAUGAUUUGAUAUAAUGAGUAUUGAAGACAGUGAUAGAGGGCUCCACUUGCAGUACUUAAUGUUUACACUCAAUGUGUGAUGUUAAAGGGUGCUAAUGGUAUUAGUGAUAGGGAUAGAAAGUCAUAUGUGUGAGACUAAUGUGAACUAAUGUGUAAUUGUGACUAUUCUUUAACACAUUAGCAUACAUAAGUGCACUGCAAUGAAGAUACCUAACGGUAAGUAAGUGCACUUAGGAUAAAGUAGGGCUGAAAACAGGCAUCAGCACCAAGCAGACUCAGCCACGGUUUCUUUCCUCUUUUUGGGCGAGGGAAGUCCUGAGGGAAGUUCUGUGGUUUGACAAAGUGUGCCACACAGGACGGGUGUACCCAUUGUUACUGUGGUGACCCUGCUUGAGAUAAGAUGGAAAUGAGUGGUUAAGGAGUAGAGGGACAAGGGAGAAGAAACAAAAAAGCACAAUUAUUACAUUGUUCAAAAUCAGAAUCCAAAGAACUACACAUUUAUGGCUGUACUGCAGUUUACAGUGGGUAUCCUCUUGAGGAAUUGUCCAGUAUUUUGAUGUAAAUGUACCAGGCAUCUGUGCCCAACUGUAGGGUGUGUUCUGUUGGUGCUUUUGGUUAUCUGACUAUAAUCUGUAUUGUUGGACUUGAUUAUCGGUACUCCGUUGAGGUUGAUCCUUGCUCUUACCUUCUAUGAAGAGAAGGUUGUGGAGGAUCACUUUGAGCCACUGGACACGGAGAUCAUUCCUCCCCCGCCUGACAUCAUGCCACCGCCUGACGAUGUCAUACCACCAGACAUCAUGCCACCGCCUGACGAUGUCAUACCACCAGACAUCAUGCCACCGCCUGACGAUGUCAUACCACCAGACAUCAUGCUGCUGCUUGAUGACAUGCUGCUUGAUGACAUGCUGCUAGACGACAUGCUGCUAGACGACAUGCUGCUAGACGACAUGCUACUGGACAUGCCACCGCCUGAUAACAUUCCUGCCCCGCCUCCUGACAUCAUGGCUCUACCUCCUGACAUCAUGGCUCCACCUCCUGACAUCAUAGAUCCACCUCCUGACACCAUAGAGCCACCUGAUGACAUGCAUAUGCUUUCUGAUGACAUUGACCCACCUGACAUGCCACCCCCUGACAUCAUGGCCCCACCUCCUGACAUCAUGGCCCCACCCCCUGACAUCAUAGAUCCACCUCCUGACACCAUAGAGCCACCUGAUGACAUGCUUAUGCUUUCUGAUGACAUCGACCCUCCUGAUAUGCCACCCCCUGACAUCAUGGCCCCACCUCCUGACAUCAUGGCUCCACCUCCUGACACCAUGGAGCCACCUGAAGAAAUGCUGACACUUUCUGAUGACAUUGACCCACCUGACAUGCCACCCCUGACAUCAUGGCCCCCACCUCCUGACAUCAUGGCCCCACCCCCUGACAUCAUAGAUCCACCUCCUGACACCAUAGAGCCACCUGAUGACAUGCUUAUGCUUUCUGAUGACAUCGACCCUCCUGAUAUGCCACCCCUGACAUCAUGGCCCCACCUCCCUGACAUCAUGGCUCCACCUCCUGACACCAUGGAGCCACCUGAAGAAAUGCUGACACUUUCUGAUGACAUUGACCCACCUGACAUGCCACCCCUGACAUCAUGGGCCCCACCUCCUGACAUCAUGGCCCCACCCCCUGACAUCGUAGAUCCACCUCCUGACACCAUAGAGCCACCUGAUGACAUGCUUAUGCUUUCUGGAUGA